GUGUUUGUCUAUUAUUUAUAAAACCUCAACAGGGUUAUUUAUAACACUAUAACAUUUUCUGUUCUGUUAAACCGAAGCAGUGUUCCUUAUGAAUGGUGACUGAGAUUUCUCUUAGGAAUGGAAGACGACUCACAUCCUUUGGAAUAUUCUCCAUCCGUAAUGGAAUGGGAGUGUAUAAAAUGUACAUUUCUAAAUGCUCCACAAUUUACUUCGUGUGAAGUCUGUGGCUAUGUCCAAUCUACAGCUGGAAUGGAUUCUCCACCCAUGCAUAUGUCGCUGCCAGAAGACGAUUUGGUAGAAGAUUCCGAGACACCGUUGUCAUCUUUACUGGAAUAUGAAGAGGGCGUUUCUAACGCAAGAAAAUCUCAUGAAAGUGGUUUCAUGAAUGACGAACUUCGGGUAAUUAUGGUCGGUAAAACGGGAUCAGGCAAAAGUGCAACUGGAAAUUCCCUUCUUGGCAAGAGCGUGUUUGUAUCGGAUGUCUCCAAUUCAAGCAUAACUAAAUGCUGCAAACGAGGAUCAGCCACGAGGUUCGGACACGAGCUUCUAGUAGUGGACACUCCAGGUCUUUUUGAUACUGGUAUGACGAAUGACAUCAUCACCACAGAAAUCCUUAAAUGUGUUGGGAUUAGUUCACCGGGACCACAUGCUAUUUUGCUUGUCAUAUGCAUAGGUCGAUUUACUGCAGAGGAGAAAGAUACGGUCGAAUUGCUCAAGAGGGCAUUUGGACCAAGCAUGUCACGAUACCUGAUCGUUGUUUUCACGAGAAAAGAUGACCUUCAACGUGGUCAGAAAUCGAUUGAGCAGAUAUUGAAGGAUGCACCACCUAGUUUACAGGAAAUCGUACAGAGCUGUGAUGGUAGAUAUUUUGCUAUCAAUAAUGCUGAGGAGGAUGUUAAAAAGAUGGAUCAACAAGUACAAGAUCUUUUGCGCAUGAUCCAAAAAAUGGUGCACGGAAGCGGAAAUAGUUACUACACCAGUAAUAUCUUUAAUCAAACUGAAAGAGUAAUCAGAGAACGUGAGAGAGAGCUAAGAAAGGUGUUUGAAGAAAAAAAUAAACUGGAUUUGUACGAAAUGAAACAAAAGGAGUUCAUAGAAAGAGAGAAAUCCCUGUUGGAAAAGCUUGAAAGAUUAGAGAAUAACCGAAGUAAUGAAAGGAUGUCCAUAGCUAACAAUUUGAAGUUACUUCAAACAGAUAUGGAUAAUUUAACUAUGGAGGCCGUGCCUGACACUUUUGACGAGGAUGAAAACUGCAAGUUGGUUAGUGUGCAGCAGAGGAUCCUUGAAGUCAAGAAUCGUUUGGAGGACCUCAGGCAUGCGCAUGAAGAUAUGAUGAUUUAUGAAGAUGUUGGAAAGGCAUCCACGUCUGGAUAUCGGUAUCAGAGAGAAAUUGAUAGAAGGGUGAGGGAAAAUGUUCGAGAUGAAAUUGAAAGUGGAAACAAAAAUAUUCUGAAGAGAUUUUGGAAGAAUAUCAAGCAUGCUGGAAGUGGAUUGAUGACUAAGUUCAAGGAAAUAUUUGAAAUUGUGAAGGAUAAGGCGGGUUGGCGCUGAAAGAACACAUCUCUUUGAAUUUGCUUACAUACAUGCUACAAGUGUACAUAUAUGAUGUUAUAGCUAAUGAAUAAAUAGAAUAUUCAUGUUUAUGUUUUAAACUAUGUCAUGUAUGCGUGUAUAUAUAUAUAUGUAUGAUCUUAAUAAAAUGAGGUAGAUAGUC